UGGUUGUGCAUUGCCCUCCGUAUCUUCGUAAUUAAUCAAUAAAUUGAGAUUAAGAAGCAAAUCACACGUCCCAGACUAGUCAAAAGGCAAAGUUACGUGGUCGUCGUGUCCUACAUAACCAUAAUAUAUUUCCUACAAAAGAUAUACAUCGCGUGCAUUGUGCAUCCACACGCUUGCGGGCGAGCCGGCGCCAUAUUGGACGAUGGCAUGGACUUUCCUCUCCUCUACCUCUUCGCUGCUGCAACUGCCGAUGGCCGCGCGUUGAUGGUGCAUCGUCCUCGUCGGUGUUUAGCGGUCGACCCGCAGGUGAUACAUACUUCACCGAAAGAACACGCUUGUCCUCGCCAUUGGUGCAGUGAUCGAAGCUAAAAACGAGACAGUGUCGUGCGCGUACGCGCGUGAACACAAGGUCGCCUUCCAGUGGUUUAUAGUUCCGCUCCGGUUUUUUUUUUUUUUUUCUUUUUUGUUUUUUUGUGGCGUACUCAACGGCCCACCGUCGUCGUCCUAUACACCCACUGCGACAGUUAUGUGUUCCUGCUGAGGAGAGGAGACUCCCCAGUCUUCCUCCCAUCGCUCUCUUUCUCUCUCUUUGAUUUCGCCAAGGAUCCUAAGUGGGCUCUCGUGUGUAGCGUGCAAAGGGGAGGCUAGGGAACGCCGUGCCGACUUGGCUUGGCUCUACUGCUGGGACUGAUCCUGAGACGGGCCAAAAGGGCCCGAGUCGUGAAGCCCACGAUACUCGCAGAACCCCCGAUGCUCGCCGAGAGGCCCAAGAGCCAAGCCGCCAGGAAUCAUGGACGCCGUCAAAGCCUUCAACUCCGAGCUUUCCAGCCUCUACGAGGUGAAGCCGCCAAUCUCAAAGGCCAAGAUGAACUCCUUAACAAGAGGUGCCAUCAAGGCUAUCAAAUUUUACAAACACGUUGUUCAGAGUGUGGAAAAAUUUAUCCUAAAAUGCAAGCCAGAGUACAAAGUUCCAGGAUUGUACGUCAUAGACUCAAUUGUAAGGCAGUCUCGGCAUCAGUUUGGCACAGAAAAAGACGUGUUUGCUCCGAGAUUCGCAAAGAAUAUGCAAUCUACAUUUCUAAACCUACUUAAGUGCCCACCUGAGGACAAAAGCAAGCUCAUCAGAGUGCUGAAUCUUUGGCAGAAGAAUGCCGUCUUUCCCCCUGAAGUCAUUCAGCCGCUGUUUGAUCUUGUUGAUCCUAAUCAUCCUAUCCACAAAGAACAGUCAAAUGGAGUAUUAAAUACUCCCGCAGGAAAUAAUGUGAAUAAUUUAAGCACUGUAUCAAAGAGCUCGCCAUCUACUGCCAAAAAUACGCCAAAGGACCAAAAACUAUUCUCCACAGCAAAACCCAUAGACCCAGCAUGGCUGGCGCAAACGAAAAUGGAAACGGCAAAUAUCGUCAAUGCCAACAAGUUGCUGGGGCAGGUCGGUACGAAUCAAAUGGACGUUUCAUUCCUUGAUCAAUUGCAGCAUUUGCAGCAGCUGCUGCUCAAAAAGCAGGAGGCAGCGAACGAGGCCAGUCAAAGCUCAGUCAAGUUCGACAAAAAGCUUCUCGACUUUGACUACGGCGAGGAAGAAGACGAUGACGUCCAGCAGGUCUCCGGUACUUCGCCAAAAAUUAGCCAAGCUGUUAUGAACCAACAUACAGCUGCCAUCACUACCGCCACAAGCAACCUCGAGAGUCUCGGCCUUCUACUUGCCAAUCCGGAGGUCCUGAGGCAGUUGCAAACAUUGCAGCAAACGAUGCAACAAAACAGCACCAACGCAAUGCAACAAGAAAUGGAGGAAAAGAUGCGCAAACUGCAGCAAAUGAAACAACAAGAAGAAGAGUUCGAUAAACAUCUUGCUCAAACUGUUCCUAGUUUGCCGUUUGCUUCGGAGUGUGAGCUGAAGCCGACUGAUAUAAUGAAACCGGCACCUCCACCACCGCCACCGCCUCCACCUCCUCCAGUUCCAUAUGCACCAGUUAUGAUGGGACCGAUGGUUUUACCGCCAGAUAUGAGUCAGCCACCACCGGGUUACCAUCCACCGGCUAUGCCUUUCGUCACACAGCCACCUCCCUUGCUCAGACCGCCAUUCAUGCAGCCUACGAUCAUGCCCCAACAGAGUCCUCAUGUUGAAGAAAACAACUUACCAAGGCGAGAAAAUAGUGUCGAAAUAGUCAACUGCGACCCGUCGCGAUCGCAAAGCAGAUCUCCUGAUCGAUACAGCAGUAGGCGGCACAGUAGAUCCAGAUCUCCACGACACAGAGGCAGAUCGCGGGAUCGAAAGUCCCGUAGUAGGUCACGGUCGAGAUCGUCGAGAUCUAGAUCUAGGUCCAGAACCAGACGUCAUAGGUCUCGAGAAAGGAAUGAUCGUAAACGUGAAGACAGUCGUGACAGAUUGACUGAGGAAGAACGAGAGCGAGAUAGAGACAGGCGAAAGCGAGGUCUUCCUCCUUUGAUUAAAGAAAAACUGAGUGUUUGCAGUACGACAUUGUGGGUCGGACAUUUGUCAAAGCUUGUUCAUCAAGAGGAGUUGUCCGACACUUUUGGGGAAUUUGGUGACAUUGUCAGUAUCGAUUUAAUUUCACCCAGAGGAUGCGCUUUUAUUUGCAUGAAUAGACGCCAGGACGCAUACAGAGCUCUGACAAAAUUAAAAAAUCACAAAAUGCAAGGGAAAGCAAUAACACUGGCAUGGGCUCCUGGGAAAGGUGUGAAAGGUAAAGAAUGGAAGGAUUAUUGGGAGGUCGAGCUUGGUGUCAGUUAUAUCCCUUGGAGUAAAUUGAACAACAUCUCGGACCAUGAACUCGAAUUUCUGGAAGAGGGAGGAAUGAUCGAUGAAGACUCCAUGCCUCCGAGAUUGAAAGGUGAAUUAAAAAAACGCACACCAGACUCGGAAUCGACCCAGUCAACGUCAAAUCAAGGCUCAAUGAUACCAAUAGUUACCGACGGUGUUGUCCAUCAACCACAACAACCCCAGCAAUCCCAACAACCACACCAACCGCAACAACAGCCCCAGCAACCGCCUACGUCGAGUGCGGCUCAGUUGGUGGACACGAGUCAACCACCACCAAUCAGGCCGCCUGGACUUCAGGCACCACCUCUUUUACCACCACCUAAUCAGAUCCCGAUGAUGCCACCUGGUUUCAGUAUGCCUCCAGGUAUGUUGGGUCCAAUGGGCUUGUCGAUGCCCCCAGGUUUAAUGCCAAACGUGCCUAUCGGUGUGCCACCGCCAAGCAUGCAAGGCUUGCUCGGGCCCCCAGGCAUGAUGCAAACAAUGAUGCAGCAGACUAAUUCACCGUUUGGUACUGGAGUAGGCGUUGGUCUUCUCGCUCAAAUACCAAUGCCCACACCGACUGCACAAUCAGACAAACCUAACCCUGGUGGCAUGCCACACAACGUUCCGCCCCUUGGUGUACCACCUCCAACUUCCGAGUCUGGAAUGCCCAAUUUGUCCAUGAUGCGCCAGGCUUACGGCGUUCCAAUGUCAAUGCAGCAAAUGCCUCCGCACCCAACAAAUCAGCAACAGCAGCAGCAACAUCAUCAGCAACAGCAGCACCAUCAGCAACAGCAACACCAUCAGCUGCAGCAACAACAGCAUCACCAGCAGCAGCAGCAGCAGCAGCAGCAGCAGCAGCAGCAGCGUCAGUCACAGCCACAAUUACAACAUCAGCACUCCUCUGACGAUAUGGAUGUAGAGAUGGAAGACGCUAUGAUUAUGCCACCCAGUCAUGUCCCUAAUAAAGAUAGUGGUAUGAAUAACAACAAAGGAAGUCUCAGUGAGCAGUUGCUUGCUUCAAUGAAGAAUGACAGAUCAGAUGGAGAUAGAGAUAUGUUUAGAGAACGCGAAAGAGACCGGGAUAGGCGAGAACGGGACAGAGACCGAGAUAGAGAUGGUAAUGGUGGUCUCGGUGGUCUUGGUGGUCUUGCUGGUCUUGGUGGUCUUGGUGGUCUUGGUGGUCUCGGUGGUCUUGGUGACAGAGACAGAAAUGAUCGACACGAUGAUAGAAGUGAUUCCCGAGGUAGAGAUAGAGGCAGAGGAGGCAGAGACCGUGGAGGAAGAGACAGACGACGAAGUAGAGAAAGAGAUAGAGACGACCGAAGAAACGAUCGUGACAGAGAUCGUGACUCGAGGCAGCCACAAGACAUGAUAGGCUCGAAUAAUGAAUCCAUGGGUCCUAAGAAAGAUGGCCCGAAAUCGAGCCUCGCUGAUCGACUGCGACAGUUGGCUGAUGGUACGCUUCCCCUCAUUGACGAGCGCAUAGACAGGGACAUGCGAGGCAACAGAAAUGAUCGAAGUACCAGCAACGACAGACACGAUCGUGGAAGUAACUAUGACGAACCGCCCAAUAGACGACCAAUUCUGGAUGGACCACCGCCGCAACAGCAGCAGCAGCAACAACAACAACAACAGCAACAGCAGCAGCAUCAACAACAACAACAACAGCAGCAGCAGAAACCGCAGCAACAGCCACCUAGUUUGUUGGGACCUCUUCGUCGACCUGGAGAUGGGCCACCAUCUCUGUUGGACUUACCACCGCAGAAAUUCCCUGGCAUGCCAGACACUGCUUUCGGUGGACCGCGAGACUUUGGAUCUCGAAAUGAAGGUCGCGAUCUCAGAGAUUUUCCUCGUAUGGGAGACCGUGACAAUCGACCGUUUGGCAUGAGACCUGGUGAUUCAAUGGGACGUGGUGGUCCAUUGGAGGACUUUCCCGAACCACCCCGUAGCCUGUUGGAGCACAGGUACCCCCCUCCAGAAGACUUUGAUAGAAUGGGUGGUAGACCACCUCGACUCGAUCUCGAUUUCGACUUGCGACAUGGUCCUCAACCUUCGGGUCCAUCUUCGGUUGGCCCUCAUGAUGAUUUUGACGCAGCUGGUGGCCCGGGAGGCCGUCCUGAUGGAAGAUCAGGACCAUCUGAACGUCGUCUCGAUGAUUUCGAUCGGCAGAAGCGUUUCGACUUCGAUAUGCGGCCGCGUAAUCCUGAUGAUGGCCCACCUUUCGAUAUUCCACGUGGCAUGCCCGAUGACUUUAACAUGCACGAUCAUCCAGACUUUGCUCGUGGUGGGAGACGAGAUUUCUUUGGAGAACCCAGGUUUGGCCCUGGACCUCCGUCCCUGAUGGGACCUAGAGGACCUAGAGGGCCUAUGCCACCAGGUAUGAUGGGACCCGAAGGAUUUGGCCCAAGGGGACGUGCUCCUCCUCCACUCUUCCCUCCACGCGGUAUGGGACCAAGAGGUAUGCGACCAGGUAUGAGAGCUCCAUUUGGCCCUGGCCCUCCAGGACCAGGUGGUCCAGGAGGUCCGCGUGGCGGGCCGCCCUUUGAUUUUGAUCCUCGCGAAGGUCCUGAUGGUGGACCGUUCUUCCGACCACCCGGCUUUGACGAAGGCCGUGGUAACGGUGGCCCACCUUUGGGUCGUCCUGGCAUGCCACCCUUCGGCAUGGGACCUCCGGGUCCAGGUGGCCAUCCACCCCCGUUGUUGGGCAACGCUCCAGGCGAUGUAUCAUGGAGAAAAGAUGGUGGUCCUCCACCGCUCAUACCUCCCAGAGAACAAGGAAGCAGAGUCGAUGGGGGCGAAGAACCUAAGGAGAAGAAGAGAGGCACCAGCUCUGAUAGGGACAACAGGCGGAGAGAAAAUCGAAAGUCUAGAUGGGGCAAUGCUAGUCCUUCUAACGAGCAACAAGCAGACACAAUGGCUCAUCUUGGAAGUGGUCUNCUGCUUAUAUUUUGGUAUUGUUUUUGA